GUGCUUCUUUCCCAAUUAUUUAUCUAGCCCCAAUUGCAUUUGACGAUCCCUUUCCUCUCCUCCUUGAAGACCAUCAAAAUUCCCCAGACUUCGCCCAUCGUCUAUAAUUCUAUUCUUUCUCAUUCUCAUCGCUAUCCCUGUCAUCGACGGAGAUGGCGGUGCGGAGACGCGACCACACAUGGUAAAGCUGGGGGAAGGGUUGACAACCAAGACGAAAUCGAUGGAGAUGGCGGUGCGGAGACGCGGCCACACAUGGGGAAGGGUUGACGACCAAGAAGAAAUCGAUGGAGAUGGCGGUGCGGAGAUGCGGCCACACAUCAGGAAGGGCGGACGACCAAGACGGAAUUGAUGGAGAUGGCGGUGCGGAGGCAGCGGCUGCACAUGGGUAAGGUAUUGGGAGAUUGCAGAUGGAGAAGUCAAAUUGGUAGCCAUGUGUGCCUUAAUCGGUAAUGAUUUUGUCAUUUUCAAAGCUCCCUAAGUCUCAUUUUACCCUCCGCAGCCGAAAUUGUGUCCGGGUCUAUGCUAUUGAGAAUCAAUUGAACUGGUUCUCUAAUGUUGAGCAUUAGUGAGAAAGUGGAAGGGGCUAGUGAUCAGCUUGAUAGAGCUUCUAUGUUCCUGGAAGGCUGAGAAGCCUGCGGUGGGAAGUAUUGGGUUCUCGCAGAGGGUGGAGUAAGGUUAAAAUCAUGAUGAAAAUUAGUGAAAUUGGUGGGUUUAUACCGUUUAAGUGUAGGGUCUUGAACAUAUAUUAUGACAAGGUUAAAGAAUGCAAUAAUCUGAUGGUGAAUUUUGCGUCUGCUGCAGGCCUAACAUCUACAACUGGAGGAUUGGAAGUCAAAAAUGAGGAAUGGCUCCAGGAAACCUUCACCUUGACUGCAAAAUUGCAAGUCCCUGCUGCAUUCUGCUCUAGUUGAGUAAUAUGCAAAAGCCGAAUGUAGAAUUCCAGGGCAGCUAUAAAGUGAUCAAUUCUUGACAUGGCACUUUACUGCAAUGGGAUACGGUUGAUUGUCGAGUGGUUCAGAACCCUGACCGUAGAGCAACGAUAUAAGACAAAUUGAAGGAAAACUCACUGACAGGUAUACUGUGACUAACUUUUGAUUAAUUAUCUUCUACUGUCAUAUCUGUCUUGUUUAAUUAGAGACCCAAUUUGGGCGUAUAAUAAGUAUGCAAAGGAAGAAUCCCAAAAACUUAGGGUAUUUGCUUGCAUAUAAAGUAACUAAUGUAUGGUUGAAAAUUAAAAGGAAAUAUAUUUAUUAGGUAGGCUUUUUUAAGCCCUGUUUAGCGGGGAAAGCGAAAGUUCCUUUAAUUGGACGAAUAUCCUUAUUUGUUUGCCUUAUAUAUAAUGAGUUUUUGCUUCUCUUUUAUUUAUUUGCGUUAUUCUCAUCUUUGCUUUUCAGCUGUGUGCGAAGUCUAAGGUUCCUCUGCUGUUAAACUUCCUUUUUCCUUAUUUUUUUUUAAUGUUAGAUAGUUAUCUUCCAUCUCCCAUUGUAAAUGACAAGUCAGUUGAAUUAUGAUGAAGGAUGGUGUUAUAUAUAUGGUCUUUUUAGCUGUUGGAUUUGACAAAAACCUAUAUGAAUUGUUGUUUUAUAGUUUUCCACCGUGUUAUUUUGUUAGUCAAAGUUUUGCCGAGGAACAUGGAUCGAAAAGUCGAGUAAUGGCCAUUGUUAGUUUACCUUGUUCCUGAUUUUGUAUGCAUCCAUUGUUGCCAAUGUAUAACUUUACCUAUUAUUGGUGAAAAUUGUUUGUUUCACAAUUGAAAUUAGGGGCAAGAGGCUGGCGGAAUAUAUGGCUAUUGAAAAAAGCCCAAAAAUCAAUAACAUCCUUAUAGGAAAUUCUUCACAACACAAGAACCUUACAAGGAGGAGGCUUGAGUUUAGAGAUGGCGAUGCGACACCAAUUUCUAAUAUCAUUAUCAUUGAUGAUGAUGAUGAUGAUGAUGAUGAUGAUGAGCCUGACUUGAAAAAUAAUUCUGAGGUCGUGAUGGAGUUUCCGAUCACUAGUAGCAUGCAGUUGACUUCAGAGGAGGUUGGACUGGCAUAUUACAUCUUUGUGGAAGAUCUUGCUACUAAGAAGAUUCUAGUCAAGAAUGGUUCUCAGUCUUGUACUCGUAGCUCACUGUGGAGCUUGUUGCCUAACGAGUACCUAGAUGAUGAGGUGGGAGUACAGAAGUAUGUCUAUACUGUUGAUAGUGUAUUCAAUGAUUAUUGAUUCAGCUACUUGCGCAAUGCCUACGGAUGCAACAAGGUACUUCUUUAACAAUUCAAGAAGUAUUGUGUACAUGUUUUUCCCUUAUAAUUUGUUCUAUGUUGGUGAUCUUAAUGUCGACAUUUGUCAGAUCUAUCUACCAUUGAAGGAUGGUAAGCAUUGGUACCUGUCCGUGCUAAUGAUGGAAUUAGAAGAAGUUCAUUUGGUCGACUCAGCACCUAGGGCAAACAACAAUGAGUUUCGUAGGAAGACCGUACGCCAUAUGGUUAGUAAACUAGUGUAGCUUUAUAGUUAAUUGGUUUAUAUUCCUUCUUCGGUUGAGUAAUAUUCACAUGGUUUUGUAGAUGAAUGUUUUACAUGAUUUAUUCCUUAAGUUGUACUUUGAAUUGGGUACAAUGAAGGCGCUGCCGAAAAUUAGUGCGUUUCAGCUGGUUAUUCCUGAUGGGGUUCCUAUACAAUCAAACAAGUAAGGGGGGACAUAUUUGUUUGAUACCACUAUGAAACAUUUGAUUUAAGCAUAAACUUAUGAAGUAGCUUUUUGUAUUAGAUUUGAUGGUGGCAUGUGGGUUUGCUUAUGGAUGAGGUUCUCAAGUAACUUGGGAAGAUAUGAUGUCGAGGUAAGGGAUCUUGGUCUGUUAUGAUAUUUGUUUGACAAUUGAAAUGCAAGGUUUGUUUUCUAAUGUUUACUUAUUUUCGUGUGUACACAGCCUUGUGUCGAUGGGAUACGAAAUAGGCUUGCUCUGGACAUGAUCCUCAAAGAUAUGGCUGUCAUGCAUGGAGAUGCAUACCUUUAAAUUUUUUUUGUUUCUUGUUUUAUUUGUUGAACUAGUUUAUUUAUUGUUUGAUAAUCCUUUCCCCAAAUGUUUAGUUCCAUAGUAUCGAUUAUUGUGGUACAUUGACAAUUUUUUAGGCAUACACUAGAGUUUGUUUUGCAUGCCUUCGGUUUUCCCAAGUUACGUGGCUAGACACCAUAUUUUACCUUGUUAGUCCGCUCUUAGUUUCAUGCAUUGUUGAGGCCCGUGCUUACUGUCUAUUACUUAACAAUGUGUCCUAGUAAAUUUAGGAGCAUGCUCGGAGAAUUCAUAUCGAAGCAUACACAAGGGAAGGCCAUCGAGCUGCAAUAACACCACCAAAAGCAGAUCGGUUAAUAAAAUCCUUUUUUUCCUCCAGACGAAACCCUACAACUGGUUACGACAUUUUUAUGCAAAACAACGCCGUAUUCGGGAGGCGUGAAUCAUCUUCUUCCCCACAUCUCCCUCUGUCAUUCUUUUGUUUCGUUUCUCAGCACCUCCAAAUGGUCGAACUCAUGCUGGAAAACCCGUGCUGAAAGCCCCAACAAGCUGAUACUAAACCUUGCACCAUUAAUGUCCAUAACAUCAACUUUUACAGAUUCAGGUCUCUGCGAGAGAACAUAAAGAAAAGAAAGUUUUCCGAAUAUAAUUAACAAUCAGGG